AAUCUAUUGUGAAUGAUGUACACUCUUCGAGGAAGAAAAAGCAUUGGACGUUUAUCGUUACGGAGCAAACUGAACAAAGUUGUGCAGCUGAUUCUCUGGCUUUUCUAGUGCAACGCAAACACUGCCUGCUCGCCACCACCCAACACGCUCACUGCCCCCAACGUAUUCGUAUUUUGGCAUACUCAUUGCUUAUUCUGUCUGCUUUCCACUAUUUGUUGCAGUUGCAUUAUAUAGCAAAACAGCCAGCAUGUCCUUGACCCCGAAAAGUGUAGAUUUCAAUGAAAUUUGGCCAAAUCUUAGAAGUACUGCUGAAGCGGUUAUUACCCUGGGUAAUGUUAAUCGUACAGACUGGAGUACCCGAUUUAGCGAUGUGUAUACCUUGUGUGUGGCACAUCCCGAGCCCUUUGCUGAUAGACUAUAUAAUGAGACGAAACAAUUUUUGGAGAACCACGUUCAAAAUAUGUUGGCAACAAGAGUGUCACCUCACCAAUGCGGCGCAUCAAAUUCUAAAGAUACUGGACCUGAUCUAUUACAACGUUACUAUGACGCUUGGUCAGAAUAUAGUCAGGGUGUUAAAUAUUUGGACAAUUUGUAUUCAUAUCUGAAUCAACAACAUAUUAAAAAGCAAAAAAUUUCUGAUGCUGAAAUAGUUUAUGGUAAUGUGUCUACCGAAACGCUUGAACAAAUGGAAAUAGGCGAACUGGGCUUGGAUAUAUGGCGCAUCUACAUGAUAAAAUCGCUUAGCAGUGAAUUGGUGCAACAUAUCUUAGAAGGAAUUAAGUUAGAUCGUUGUGGUAAUCCCGAAAUCAACGCGAAUCGAGUAAAGAUAAUUAACGGUGUAAUACACAGCUUCGUGCAGGUACAAGACUACAAAAAGAACGGUUCUCUUAAGUUGUAUCAAGAAUUGUUUGAAAGUCCAUUACUUGUUGCAAGUGGUGAAUUUUAUGAUAAUGAGGCUUCAAAGUUAUUACAAACGUGUACCGUAAGCAAAUACAUGGAGGAGGUUAUCAAGAUUUUAGAUGAUGAAAGUAAACGAGCACAGAAAUUUCUUCACACAAGCUCCUUGUGGAAACUACGUAAACAGUGUGAGGAUCGGUUUGUAAAUCAGCGUCUCGAUUUUAUUUACUCCGAAUGCAAAGAUAUGGUGUCACAAGAAAAGCGAAAAGACUUGCGCAAUAUGUAUAUAAUAUUGAAACCUAUACCAGAUAAUUUAAAAGGGCAGCUAAUACAAACAUUUUUGGAUCACAUUAAAAAUGAUGGAUUGGAAACAAUAUCUACCCUUUCGGGUGAAAAUAUACAUAUACAAUUUGUAGAGAAUAUGCUUAAGGUCCAUCAAAAGUAUCAAGAACUGAUUGCCGAUGUAUUUGAAAAUGAUUCGCUGUUUUUAAGUGCUUUAGACAAAGCCUGUGCGAGCGUCAUAAAUCGGCGUCCGAGUGAUCGACAACCCUGUAGAAGUGCUGAAUAUGUUGCGAAGUACUGUGAUACGUUGCUGAAAAAAUCUAAGACCACGGAAGCCGAAAUCGACCAAAAACUUACCAAUAAUAUAACAAUUUUUAAAUACAUCGAAGAUAAAGAUGUCUAUCAGAAAUUCUAUAGUAGACUAUUGGCAAAAAGACUAAUUCAUGAGCAAUCUCAAAGCAUGGAUGCGGAGGAAGCUAUGAUCAAUAGACUAAAGCAAGCUUGUGGUUAUGAAUUUACGAAUAAACUGCAUCGUAUGUUUACUGAUAUCUCGCUAUCGGUGGACCUAAAUAAUAAAUUUAAUAAUCAUUUAAAACAUGAAAAUAUCGACUUAGGCAUAAAUUUAUCUAUUAAAGUGCUUCAAGCCGGCGCAUGGCCAUUAGGUCCCACACAGGUUGUCAUACCUUUUGCAGUCCCGCAGGAAUUUGAAAAAUCUAUUAGAAUGUUCGAAGCAUUCUAUCAUAAUUCGUUCAACGGUCGUAAACUGACAUGGCUGCAUCAUAUGUGUCAUGGUGAAUUGAAAUUGGGCUAUUUAAAGAAAACCUACAUCGUAACUAUGCAAACUUAUCAAAUGGCAAUGCUCUUGUUAUUCGAGUCAUGUGAUUCUAUGACGUGUAGAGAUAUACAAAGUACGCUGCAACUGAAUAGUGAGACGUUUCAGAAACAUUUACAAUCCCUGCUGGAGUCGAAACUGCUCAAUGCCAAUUCAGAAAGUCUAGAAGGCAAUACUAAAGUUGAACUGAAUUUUGAUUAUUCAAACAAGCGAACAAAGUUUAAAAUAACAUCCGCCAUGCAAAAGGAAACACAGCAGGAGCAAAUCGAACACACUAUCAGUGCAGUGGACGAGGAUAGGAAACUUUAUCUGCAAGCAGCGAUUGUACGCAUAAUGAAAUCUCGCAAAGUUCUAAAGCACAAUGCACUCAUUCAAGAGAUUUUAUCACAAUCGCGCGUGAGUUUUACACCGAGUAUUUCAAUGAUAAAAAAGUGCAUCGAAUCGCUAAUUGACAAACAGUACAUUGAGCGUACUCCCAAUUCGGGUGAUGAAUAUAGUUAUGUAGCAUAACUUGGAUAUAUUUUUGGCGUUGUUUAUAUAAUGUUUUUGCAGCAGUCGUCAUGCAUAGUGUGCAAUUAAAUGCACUGUUAGCCAACCAGGAAAAGAAAAUCGUCAUACACAUUUGAAUAAGCUGCUUCAAAGUUGUUUAUAUGCCGAAUAUUAAAUUAUUGUUUAUAUACAAAAUUUUUAAAUGCAAU